ACAAUCUUUUAUCCUCCUGACCGUCGGCUUUUUCGAUAUUCUGGGUAGCAGUGGUGGCAAACUUCAGAUGUAGACUAGUACAGAAGUUAGGACAAUAUCUAUCAAUUUGCGACAAUCCAGUUAAAUGUAUCAAACUCCAGCAAUUUGCACUGUAAUCUAUAGAAAGCUGGUUUUCUUUCUUUAGUUUCUCCUCGCCCUGUCUGAGUAUGGAUACCAGAUAUAUUUUGGAGCAGACGUCGGUUGGGACAAGGGUCGGUGGGGCGGAUUUUAACUACCGGCCAGGCCGCUCCGUGCUGUGCGACACCCGGGUCCCCACGGCGGAGAAAAACGGUCCCAUGCCGGUGUACACACACGGGCCCGUCUUUUACAAAUUGUUAAUGGACGGCGGCUCGGUGUCGGGGGUUAAGGGCGAGCGAACCUCUCCCAAAGGGAAUGGACGAAUAUUGCACGAGGUAGAAAAAACUGGCCUGGGGGAGCAGAAAGACACGGGUUCCUCUGGGAUCUUGAAGAGGGCCAGUCCUACUCACUGCCCAGGCACAAAUGGGCAGUCGCCAGGCGUCUUCAUGCACUUGGACAUCAGGAACCCAGGGAAACAGGCAGAGCUGGCCAACAACUUCAGAGCAGCACAAGAGUGGAUCAUCCCACCGUCAGAGAUACAACCCCUUCCCUCCUCCCACAUCCCCGUCCCCAGAAACAGGAAGCCCUCAGGUCAUGCUGAUAAGGAAGUGAUGGCUGCCACCGUCCUGACCUCACUGUCCACAUCUCCGCUGGUGCUCAACCCUUCCUCUGCUCCACCAGUCCCAGAGCCAGGCAGCAGGGCUUGGAAAGACGUGCUGUCAAAUAGCUACAGCAGUUCCACAAGUGGCAACUGGAGCUGGGACACCAGCGACCAAUCAGUGCCCUCCACACCGUCCCCGCCUCUUUCCAAUGAUACCAACAAGAACUUCCCUCUCUUGACCCCAGGGGAUGAUGUUAAUGAAGAUGUCCCAGAGAGCUCACACUUCAUGUUUGAGGACCCAAUACCUCGCAAGCGAAAGAACUCCAUGAAGGUGAUGUUCAAGUGCUUGUGGAAGAACUGUGAAAAGGUCCUCAGCACCUCCUCAGGGAUCCAGCGACACGUUCGCACCGUCCACCUGGGGCGAAACACCGACUCGGACUACAGCGAUGGAGAGGAGGACUUUUACUACUCAGAGAUCGAGAUCAACAUGGACAGCCUGACGGAGGGCUUGUCCAGCCUCACCCCCACCUCCCCCACCACCUGCGGCCCCCCGCCCAUCUUCCCUCCACCGCUCACUGCUGUCCCUCACUCCGAACGCAUCAACAUGAACAGUUCUCACAGCCCGACCCCGACGCUGCUCAGCCAAUCAGCACCCUCCACCCUCUGCCACAUCCGCACUGACCACGCCUACCAGGGGCCUGUGAUCCAAGUCCGGACCGUCAGCAUCGGAGAGAAGCGUCAGCCGGCAGCCGUCACACACAACACUGUCAUCAAGAACCAUGCUUUAAUAACGCCUGCACCUAAAUCAGCACUCGGAACCAGGAAACCCCGUGGGGAAGCAAAGAAGUGCCGAAAGGUGUACGGCAUGGAGAAGAGAGACAUGUGGUGCACAGCCUGUCGCUGGAAAAAAGCCUGUCAGAGAUUCACCGACUAAUCCAGUCCCCUUCCCGUGUCUGUGAGAUGAGUUCUUCCUCGCGCGGAGCGACAGCUGUAGACGGACUCUUCCACUGAGGAGAAGAGGGGGAGUUUCUCCACGAUAAAGCGCUCUACUCCUCCAGCCCAGCAGGGCGUUCGCCUUCUCUCUCUUCCCUGUUUGCAACCACAAAGAGAAAAUAAAAUUGGUGGGUAAAAACAAACAAAGCAAAUCAGCAAGAAAAAAUAACUUUUGAGACUUUUUGAAGACUGAAACAUUUUCAUCAAUAAGGAAAACAUUUAAAUUGGAAUCUCCUGAUAUUUGUUCUCAUUUCUCACAGCCUCAACUCCAGGCAAUGUUUAAAGACUACAGAUAAGCUUUUUGUUAUACUCUGUGGGUGAUUAUAUGAGCAUCCUGUAGUCUACUGUUGAUGGUGUGGAUCAUGACUUUUUGGAGGGUCAAGGGUCAGAUGUACUCGCUCUGUAGCAGAUCCUUUUUCUUUGUCACUGUGUAAGGGACUUCACACCUACCAAAGGCAGAACGCCUGUUCACAUACAACCAACAGUUUAAAUGUAAGCCUAAUCCUGAAUCUAGCAUCACUGUCUUCUGCAGCCUUACUGGAUAGCAACGUUAUGUUUAAGAAGUACAAAUUGUUCAUCAUCGACUUCCUAGUUCCUUAAGCAACUUCAGUACAGCCAGCUUUACUUCAUGUGAUUUUGCAACAAUGCACAUAUUUGUGGUACAAAAAGAUUCCCCUUGGCCUAGCAAACUAUUUUUUGGAGGUGAACACAAUAUAUUAGAUAGUUCUUCUUAUUUGUUCUUAUAUGCACCUUGAAGAAAUAAGACAUAUUUUAGAGGAUCACUGAAAUGUCAGUGUCUGCCUGAAAGUGGAUGUGUUGUAUAGAGUUUAUUUUUCAGCAAUGUUUAGCUGAAGCAACUAGCAGUUGCACUGUGCAAUCGGCAGAAUUACAGCAUUUAAUAUUGUCUUGCUUUGUGGUUGUUAUUAAGGUGAGGCAGAAAGGCUCAGUUUUUUAACCUUUGACAACCAGUUAGUCUAAAGAGAUCGUUUACCCCAAUUAAUUAUUGCCCUUUGAAACGUAACUAACGUAACUUGACUGACUAAUGUAACUUUUGUAUGUAGAGAUUUUAACCCAACAGCCCGCUGAUAAGUCAGUAAUUUGAAAUAAUCUCUAAACAUUUUAAGAAGGAGAUGUUUUUAGUGCUUUAGUCUUCAGAAUAAUGAUCACUAACCAGCGUUGCAACAUUUCUAGAUGCCAAACUUCAUAGGAACCAAGACUAUUUCCUAUUUUUUUUUUUAAGUAAAUGUUUUCAACCGUUUAGAAUGAGUUUUUGUUCUGGUCUAACAUUUGGGAAUGAAAAGUGAGAAUCAAACCAGGGUGAAGGUGGUCGACUGAUUGAUAGUGGAGUAAAACAAAUGUUUAAUCAGAGUGAAAGUAAAGAUUUUUCUAGAAUAGAUCUGUAAUAUCAAAUUAUUGAAUGACAAGCGCUCUCUAUUUAAAAGCCUUCCAAAUUUAAGAUUACAUAUCAUGUGGUAACAUUUUUAUAUCGUAAGAAAUUGUAAUUUUUUGAUAUAUCCCUUUCACCUGUAUUUAAAAAAUAAAGAAUAGAGCAAUAUUGAUUAAUCUUUGAAAAUAUCACCCUUUAAUUUAAAAACCUAUAUUGUGUUUACAAUGAAAAUAUAAAACAAUGAAACCUUCCAAGCAUGUAAUUCUUCCAGAAGCUUAGAUCUUUAUUUGAAGUCAAUUUAAUCAACUAGUUAUUCUUUGAAGGCUUCCAGCUUAAAACUGAACACCUGCAGGGUGACUUGUGUUUGUAAUUGUCAUUAUAUGGCAUGGAUAGGACAUUUAGGAUUGAUCUCCUACUGGUGCUAAUACUAAUGAAAGUAAAAUACAUAACUACAAACCAGUAGUCAUACUUAAGGACAUUUUUGAAAUAAUUAUAGCAUACCAUAUAGAGAGAUCAACUUUUUUAUUCUUUCCAAUCGUUAGUUACGUUAUUUUUAAUUUAAAUGAUUUUGAUUUAAAGACAAUACUGAUCUUGUCAAGAUGAUAACCUACUUCCCAAAAAACAGGCAAGUCAAUGUAUUUAUUUAAACCAAACAAACCACACAUCUGUCUCCAAGGGCUUCACAAUCUGUACAACAUGAGACACUUUCUAUCUUUAGGCACUUAGCCCCUCUACUUGGAUAAAGGGAAACCCCUUACCAGCAAAUGUUCUGACCUGCUCUCAGAAUCACGACAGUAAAUGUAUAUUUUUGAAGAUUGACGUUGUGCUGUUUGAAUGUAGAGUCUGCGUCACACACAGUGUCCUCUCCUAUACAAGCUUGGACUGAGGUGCAUGACGACUUCAGACCUCUGUCGCCAUAGAAACAACUGUGCUUUCCCCCUGUCGCCACAAGGUCACUCAGCUGUGUGCUGAUGCCACAUUAAAGGAGAACAGUUAUCACUUCUCAUAAAAGCUCAAAAGCAGAUGCCUGUUAAUUAGUAGCUUCAAGUCAAAUCAAUUAAGCACACUUGAAAACGAUCAUAGUAGUUAAUGAUAUCUCAUCAGUUCCAGUAAUAACCCACCAUUUUGUUUGGUUACGAACGAUGCCUGCCUGUAAAUCUUGAUCUCCAGUGGCAUCCCAGAUAAUCUUCCUCCUCUUCUGGUCAGAAACUUCACAAAGUGCCAAUGAAAAGAACAUGAAAAAAGGAAAAAGCUAUACUUACCUGAUGAAAUUGCACUAUGAAAUUGCGCAAAAACAUGUUUUUAUACAUGGACAUUUUAUAUACACACAUUUUGAAGUGAAAGAAUUUUCCUUUUUUAUUUUCAAGGGGGCGGGAGGGAUGUCGUCACUGCCCGAUGGAAUAAAUGGGGUGUCAGGGAAAGGGUGUUUUGUACCUCUAGGGUCCCCCAUUACUAGCAAGUAAACUUUACAUUAAGUCACAGUUAUUGUCUUGCUCUCUGUGUCAGAUUUAUUGUACUAAACACACUGGCUGUUUGUGAAGUGUGGUACUGGGAAGUACAGCGUGGUACUUGGGUAGUUAGUCACUCUGCCUUUCCUUGGAGGAGUGCCAAGGGCUGAAAGCAGCACCUGCCUUGUCUCCUGAUUGGAAAACACCGGUCUUAGUCAGCGGCUACACAUUGAUGUCUAGAUAACAGAUGCUUUUACACUGCUUCAUUGCCUGGAGUUUUGUUUCACAAUACUCACACUUUUUAUCCGUAACAUUUAUGCUUCCUUUCUUAUUUACAAUUCCCUGAGCUGAGGUAGUUGCUGCAGUUAUUACUGCUGGAGACAGCUGUUACUGCUGUUUGUUGAUGGAGUGUCACAUUCAAUCAGGUGUCUCUCCAUCUAAAGCACUUUUAGAUUUCACCAGCAGGAUUACAGGCCGAUGUUUUGAUAUGUUAACAGGCUCCUGUGGUGCUCACUAUUUCACCUUCACCAGUCUAUUUCUGGUGGAUCAUCAUCACCUUGAGGGAACUUCUUUUCAUUUAGCACAAACGUCCAUUUAGACUCUAGGAUGAAGUGAGUAGAUUUUGGUGGUCAAAGAUCACUGUGACAAGACAGGUUUUUGGCCAUAACCCAUACUUUAAUUCUGACAAAAUCCACACAACACUUUUUGUUAAACCCCCUCAAAGUCCACAUAUACUGUAUGAGUCUGGACGGACAUGGAUGUAAACUGCAACUUGACUAGUUGGUGGAGGCAUGACAUUGUGAGGUGGUAAUUGUAGUUUUUUCUUUGCACUAAAACUGGCCUGUGAUGAACAAGACAGUUGGAGCUUGGCUUGUGUCAGCAGGGCCAGAAGAAAACUGCGGGUACAAAGUUGCUCUUGUGGAAAUUGAUGAGGAAUGUUGCGCCUGUGAAAUGAGAGUAGAAACUGAAGUUGACUGUGCAGGGAAAGUUGAUGGAGAGCAGACACGGGACACGCAGUGACGAUAUGGAUGGAUUUGCAGUUUCAGGGCUUUCUUGUACAUAUGCAACAUAAAGAGAAGUGUGAGGCUUUUCCAUAUAUUGUUGUUUCCUUGUUAUCUUGUUUUAUGAAAAGUACACUUUUUUUACAUUAUAGUUGCUCAGAAUAUUUGAUUGAGAAGCUAUAGUGAACAUAAUACGUAAAAGAUUCAAUGUAUAUUGUAGCUUUGAGGCAAAGGGGAGAAAAAAAACCUGUUGAAUGUAAAACCCACAAAAACAAGUCUUUUUUUGUUGUUAUAGUUGCUCGCUAGUUUGUACUCCCUGUAGUAAACCUUCUUUUAACACCCACAGCUGUCGCCACACUGCUAAAUCAUAUCAUAUAACGCAACCAUGCAGUAUUGCUUUACAAUUUUACUUUGUGCAAUGAGAUGCUUUAUAGGGGAACAAGAACUAACUUCAGUUUCGUGACAUCUGGGCUACUUGCUUACACUGUUGCUAUUUGUCAAAUGUCUUUCUCCCUGCCAAAUGGUCAUUUUCUUAACGUGUUUCUCAUCAUUGUGAAUGUUGUGUGUGGUUGUGACGUUUAGUUGUUGUUAGGCAGGAUAACAUUCGACCUUUUGGUCACAAUGAACAUUUUAAUUUUGUGGGUAAAUCUCUCCUGUCCUGCACAUUCCAACUGACAGCACACUUUUAGAGUCUUCCCCUUGUUUCCUAACAGACGUAUCCUUCCUCCUCACUACAGUGAUUCUUCUCACCUCGUCCUUUUGCAUUACCUGUUGUCCUAUCAAGCUUUACAGUGGUCCCACCCAAGCCUUUACCCAGUUUAUUAAGCUAAAUUAAACCCUUCAAAUGUGCAUAAAAAAAAGCCUUUAUUUUUACUUCCACAUGUUGAAAUUGAUGUGCUGCUUUCUUGAAUGUCAAUGUGUUUAUCUGUGUGAAAACCAGCAGCAGCAGCAAAGCCAAUAGAUCUCCUUCCAAAUCAAAUGUAAUGUAAUGCAUUGCAAUGGCAGCUCCUCCCAAUUCUCUGCUUCCUCUGCGCUUUUAUUAUUCGUCCAGGCAUUUUACUCCUUUAUUCGUCAGACAUUUGAUGACCUUUUUUUUUCUCUUGUGUUUUUACUGAGCCUUACACUGGCUGGUGUGAAAACUGACUCCUGCUUGUUUUUGUUUUCUCAUUGAUUGAUUGAUUGUCUGGUUAAAUUAGAGUUUUUUUUGCAUGUCUAUCAUCGCUCUUUUUUUUGUUUUUUGUUCGGAGAUACAACACUGAAGUGUUUUAUAUGUUAGAUUUCCCCUUCCAGUAACUGAUCACCCAAGGCUGAUGUACUUUGUUCUCCUCAAAAUAUCAAAAAUACUCAUUGCCGCUUGACAAAGACACACAAAGCUAAAAGCAUUUGUUUUAAAGGAAACGUCACAUCAGCCUCGGGUCUUACUGGAGGGCAACGUUUCUCCUGUGUGUGGGCUCGGCCUCUCUUCUUCAUCAGCAGUCCCACGCACAUGGAGGAAGCAUUUUCUGUGGUGCACUCAAGGAGUAUUUGUGUGAAUGUCAAGCCUAUGACUAGUGCUUGAAAAGAUGGAUGACCAUGUAUGAUGCUAAUAAUGUGAUCUAUGUGAUGUAAUGUGACAGAAAGAAAAAUAAACCUGAAUGGAAGAA